AGAGGACAGUGAAGAGUUUGAAACAGCUAUCUUGGAAACACAGAAACAAUACGUAGAGGAUGUUCAGCGGGUAGAGAAAGAAGACUACCUCAAAGUACCCAUGUCCUGGGUAAGAAGUCUAAGCAAGGCUGAGGUCCCUCAAACAUCUUUUAAGCCACACAGUUUUCUGCUGUGGAGUUGUCCUUUGGACUUUAAUGUGGACCUUUCUCAUGAUCAGUCUUUUACCUGGGCAAACCUUUCAGGUUCCUGGGAAGCAACUUUCAUCUGUGUUUACUUGUGCAGCAGAAAAAUUUCUUCCUUUUCUGUUUCCAUGAACGUUACCUAUUUUUAAGUUUCAUCAACCAGUGCUUCUAAUCUUUCUUCCCAAUGAGAGAUAUUAAAAGCUUGCUGUGACUUAUGCAAAUCUUGGUUUAACUUCAAAGUGUCUCAUUCAGAACUGUUUGCCAAGGGAAGGCAAACCCAAGGCAUGAGGGAAGAACUCAAGUCUUUUUGCUGGGGGAAGGAGGGUUAAAGGAGCUUUGGGCUGCCAUCUUAAUGGGCAAGGAUGAUUUUGAGUUGAAAUCUGAGGAACGUGCUAAUGUAAUUCAGCAGCUGGAGCAAACCAUUGAGGAUCUGAGGACCAAAAUUGCAGAACUGGAGAAACAGUUCCCAGCAACAGAGGCACAGAUUCCUUGCAGAGACCAAGAAAGUGAGAGUGGACACUCAGUUUGUGGGGAACAUGGUAAUGUGGAUCUUCAAACAAAUGAAGAGACUGUCCUACCUAAAACUGUUUUACAAGUAAAAUCAGUACAGACUUCACCAGUAGAAGAUUGUUUUACACACUCAAAGCCUUCAGCCAACACACUGCCACAAUCUCCUCUCGACCUAGAAGGAGAUAAAAUUGAAUGGCCAUCUCAACAAUUGCCAACUCUUGAACUACAUCCCACAUAUUGUUCUGAAGUAUCUUUAAUUCUAUCACCAAAACUAAUCUCGAUGCAGCUGGAUGAAAGCCAGUCCACAGAAAGUACAUCACAUCCACCUCAUCCAGGACCUGACACGGAUCUGUCUGCUUUGUUUGAAGAAGCGACUGUAUCGUCAGCUCCCCAUCGGUCUCAACGUACUGAGAGUGUGACUUGCAGUGAAUGUUUCCCUUUGGUAUCCUCUGAACCCACUUGUAGCAUCCCACCCCCACUGCCUGGCACAGAACUAUCUAUUCCCCUGCCUGGAGCAGGAGGCUCUUCCUUCACAUCAUGCUUGCCUGGUGCAGAUGUCCCAUCCCCACCACCUUUGCCUGGUUCAGAACUUUUCUUGCCUUUGGCUGGCACAGCAAUGCCACUCCUGGGCCCCUCAUUGCCUGGCAUAAUUAUGCCGCCACCUCUACCCCCACCUUUGCCUGAUGGAGUGAUGCCACUGCCUCCCGCUCCCCCAUUUCUUCCAUGUGCAGGAAUCCUACCUCCGGCCCCUCCUCUGCCUGGGGCCAGAAUACCUCCAGCCCCUCCUUUGCCCGGUAUGGGAAUCCCUCCCCCUCCACCACCCCCUCCUUUGCCUGGUAUGGGAAUCCCUCCCCCUCUGUCACCCCCUCCUUUGCCUGGUGCUAGUAUCCCAUGCCCACCUCCUUUGCUUGGUAUGGGAAUGCCACCCCCGCCCCCACCUUUGCCUGGUGUAGGUAUACUGCCCCCUCCCCCACCUCUUCCUGGUAUGGGGUUGCCGCCCCCUCCCCCACCUUUGCCUGGUGUAGGUGUAGGAAUGCCGCCCCCUCCCCCACCUUUGCCUGGUGUAUGUCUGCCACUCCCUCCCCCACCUCUUCCUGGUGUGGGAAUGCCACCCCUUCCCCCACCUUUGUCUGGUGUAUGUCUACCACCUCCACCUCCACCUCUUCCUGGUAUGGGGAUGCCACCCCCUCCCCCACCUUUGCCUGGUGCAGGUGUACCACCCCCUUCCCUGCCUUUACCUGGCAUGGGAAUACCACCCCCUGCCCUGCCGCCACCUCCAACUGGGGCAGCUCUUCCACCACCAGCCCAGGGAGGCUUCCUGCCAACUUCUGGCCUUCCACAAGUCUGUGGGGUUCUUCCUCCUCCAUUACCAGUUGGUUUAUUUGUAAUGGGGAUGAACCAGGAUAAAGGGAGCAGGAAACACACAAUAGAACCUUCUCGACCCAUGAAGCCUCUUUAUUGGACAAGAAUUCAGCUUCAUAGUAAAAGAGAUUCUAAUGCUUCACUUGUGUGGGAAAAAAUUGAAGAGCCUUCCAUAGAUUAUCAUGAAUUUGAAGAACUAUUUUCCAAAACAGCUGUUAAAGAGCGGAAGAAACCAAUUUCAGACACCAUCACAAAGACAAAGGCUAAACAAGUUGUCAAGUUGUUAAGCAACAAAAGAUCUCAGGCAGUUGGAAUACUAAUGUCCAGUCUUCAUUUAGAUAUGAAAGACAUCCAGCACGCUGUUGUGAACUUGGACAACUCUGUGGUUGACCUAGAGACCCUUCAAGCCCUCUAUGAGAAUAGAGCACAAUCAGAUGAACUGGAAAAAAUAGAAAAGCAUGGCAAAUCAUCCAAAGAAAGGGAGAAUGCCAAAUCUUUGGACAAACCUGAACAGUUUCUUUAUGAACUCUCACUAAUCCCCAACUUUUCAGAACGAGUAUUUUGUAUCCUGUUCCAAUCAACAUUUUCAGAAACCAUUUGCUCUGUCCAUCGCAAACUUGAAUUGCUACAGAAACUCUGUGAGACAUUGAAAAGUGGGUCAGGAGUUAUGCAGGUUCUGGGUUUGGUUCUCGCAUUUGGAAAUUACAUGAAUGGUGGAAACAGAACCCGAGGACAAGCAGAUGGGUUUGGAUUGGACAUUCUUCCAAAGCUGAAAGAUGUUAAGAGCAGUGAUAAUAGCAGAAGUCUUCUAUCAUAUAUUGUCUCAUAUUAUUUGCGUAAUUUUGAUGAGGACGCUGGAAAAGAGCAAUGCAUUUUUCCUCUUCCAGAGCCACAGGACCUCUUUCAGGCUUCACAAAUGAAAUUUGAAGACUUUCAAAAAGAUCUUCGCAAACUAAAAAAAGAUCUGCGAGCCUGUGAGACACAAGCGGGGAAAGUUUAUCAGGUAUCACUAGAAGAGCACAUCCAGCCUUUCAAAGACAGCAUGGAGCAAUUCAUUAAUCAAGCUAAAAUCGACCAAGAAAAUGAAGAGGAGUCACUGACAGAAGCACAUAAAAGCUUUUUGGAAACUGCAGCCUAUUUCUGUAUGAAACCAAAAAUGGGAGAGAAGGAAGUGUCACCUCAUGCUUUCUUCAGUAUUUGGCAUGAAUUCAGUUCUGACUUCAAAGACCUCUGGAAGAAGGAAAACAAACUUAUUUUGCAAGAAAAGGUUAAAGAAGCAGAAGAAGUGUGCAGACAGAAAAAGGGGAAAUCACUUUAUAAUAUAAAGCCAAGACACGAUUCUGGAAUAAAAGCAAAGAUAAGUAUGAAGAUUUGAGAGAAGAAAUGCAAAAGCCAUUGCCAGCUGAUCAGGAAAACUCAACAUGUCUGUUGGGGGCAGGAAAGGAUCAUUUGUUUUCUUCUUGGCCUUUCAAAUUUGCUUUUUGUUCUCUAGAGUUUCUCACUGAUAGAUGUGUACUGUUCAUUCAUGAAUGAAUGUAAUCACUGUAAUUGAGUGCCCAGCAAUAGACUAGUUAUGGACAUGAGACAAGUUCCAUAUAUCUUAUGCCUCGUUCUCCACCCAAAAACUGGUAUUUUGUAAAGUUCAUGGUCUAAUACCAGUAGACCAAACCAGCAUGCCUAAGAGGCAGCAUCUGCAUCAGUUCUGAAGAUGCUGAAAAUUCUAUUAAAGUUGAACUUCACAAGAAUGCUACUUGAUACAGUAAAAUAUUUCCAUUCCUACUGGCAACAUCUGUCUAACACACAUACUCCAUGCCACUGCAUUUAGAUUAGGGAAAAAAAUGUUACUUCUAGUGAAUUGUUUGUAUCUGUUUCACGUUGACAUUUGUAGUUUGUAUUUUGAAUUGUUAAGUGCUGUUUAUACGGUAUAAUCAAUGCUUUCUCAACUUGUUUGGUUGCCCUCCAUGACUAAAUAUUUGUGGAACAAGAUGUUUACUUUAACUAUCUUUAAAAUCAAUAAGGCAGCAUACUUUUUCUUCAUCUUUUGCCAGAUAGUGAAUAGCAGGAGGGGGGAGUUGGAAAACCUGAACCAAAAACAUUUAAGUGAAAAGCAGUAAACACAGAAAAUCACAGGAGUACUUCAGAGGAUAAAAGAGGAACUCGGGCACUAUAGCUUGCUAACAUGUAAAGCAGCUGAUUUGUAUACAGAAAAACUUUAGGGAUAUUACAGUUAUAUUGCUGAUUAUUUGAGUCAUAUAGGAUUCUCAGGACUACGAUGUUUCUAGCUAGGCUUCCUUUCUGAAUUAUCUUUUCAAUUAAUUUAAGACUUCCUUUACAAGGGAUAUGAAAAGAUAUAUCUAGGAAUUGGCAUUAGAGAAAUACAGUAGUCAACUCUAGUGACAAAACAAAGGUGAUUGACUAAUUCAUGUCAAUUUCACAUUUAACAUCAGAGUCAUAAACUUUUCUCUCUAAGUAGUCCAUACCAUUGGUUAGGAGGCAAUGGAAAUCUGUGAUUAUGCCUUCCUUUUUAAGCCACAUGAUUAAUUUCUAUUUGUGAUCUGGAAAUUAACCUAACGAUUUAUUAGUUUGAUUUGUUGACCUAGUAAAGACCCUCUGCCCCAGAUGUAACUGCUGAACCCAACAUGAAUUGCCCUUGUAACCAUUCUCUCUCAAAGCACUGUUUUCUUGGAAACAGCAAGGUGUGGCAUGAAUUGGGUUCACAUGCUCACAAUCUCUUAGCAUUGAAGACACAGGGGUAGCAUAAACUUCUGAGUGGUUUGAGGUCUAACCUGCUGGGGUGGAUUAUUCCCUGUCUAGCUUAGUAUAUCAUAAGACAUUCCUGGCUGUCCAGAGGCAAAUAUACUGUACCAGGUGUCAUAAGAGCAAUGUCAAAUAUGACCUCAGGAAUCCAUUGUUAGUCACUUAUACUAAACACUAGAAAAUAUGUUCUUCACUUGUGUGAAAAAUAAGUCUCCUGUAGCUUGAUAAAACUAUAUGAAAUUCUGUGUUCACGAUAAUUUCUGGCAAGAAUGUGAUUACCAAGAACUGAUUUCUAAAAUCAUGUGUUGUUGGGAGUAGUGUUACUUCUUGCAAAAGGGAAAAGAGAUUAUUUGCUGUUAUGAGUAACCUAUGGAAAGUAACUUUAAAAAUAAAGUUUAUUUUAAUGGCACUGAUUCAAACCUAUGUUUGUAUUUAUGUAAACUAUAGUCUUUUGCUCUUAAUUUUUGCAUUUAUUUUAUUUAUGUGCAAGGAUACAGUCGCAUGUUUUGGUUUUCUAGCCUUCCUGUUCCCUUCAGUACCUACGGUAUGUAUAUUACCAUACUAAAUGAAAUAAUAGGAUAUCUAACAGAGAUCACUAUGUGCAAUACUGUAUUUAGUGUUUCUACUUCAGUUUUUUUAGAAUGUUAAUUUAUAUGAAAAUAAA